AUGAAAAAGUUGGAUAGAUUACACCUGGAGGAUAUAAAUGUGAAAACACCAGACUUAAUUUAUCAAUUGUGGAAUAUCAGAAUUAGUGGAUUUAAUAAUACCAUUAUAGAUGACUUCAGCAUACAUUUACCGUAUAAAAUUAUCCGUGCAAACUUUCAUACAACUCUAAUGGUCGAUUCUGAUUACAAAGUUGACGGAUUAAUGUUUGGAUUGCCAGUUAUUGGAGAAGGAAAAUCUGCAAUUAUAUUGAAGAAUUUACAGAUGGAGAUGAUAUUUAUAUUUGAUAUCAUGAAAAACGAGCACGGCAAAGACAUUUUUGAUAUCAAAAAGUAUUUUUACGGAGCUGAUGCGAUCGAUGGUGUGUACACCUACUUGGGGAAUAUGUACAACGGAGAUAAAAAACAGAGUGAUGCUUUUCAUGAAAUAAUGAAUAAAAACUGGAGAACAGUAGUGGCCAACUUCGGCAGAUUUUUCACUACUAAAAUAAGUGACGAUAUCUUCCAAGCCUUUCAAAAGUUUAUGCGUUCACGGGCUAUAGAAGAUUAUGCAGAAUACUGA